AUGGCUGAGACAGAUCACAAACCACAAAAGUACAACCAUGAACCAACGAAGCUGCAAGAUUCUGAUGAUCAAGACAACAGAAAAUUUUCAGGCAAAGAUCAGCCGGGAUAUAGGAGCUUAACUUCACUCAUGAAAUUAAACGAGCUUGAAUUCAAACUAUUUAUCAAAGGAACUGAACCGAACUUAAAGAAUUUAACAACCAAGAACUUGAACUUUAACCAAUCUAGCACCGAUCUACAGUUAGGCAAACUGGCACCUAGUUAUCUAACAUCAGUUGCCAGCAACGAUAUUGCCGAUCGUAUCAAAUUACCCAAAUUGCCCCUCAAACCGGCAACAGUAUUCGACAGCGGCUCGCAGAAGCUAACAAUCUCCUCCCGGGACCCUCUUUCUUCAAAUUCCCGAAAAUGCCCUUCGAAGAAUUUCCUCAGACUCGGCCCCGCAACAUUGAUCAAGCUAAGUGAAGCAUUCGUGUGCAUGAAUUUUGUCACAAGUAAUCCAGCCAAAACGUGCUGA